GAUUACGGACAUAUCGCGAGACUGUCGGUUUGAGACACGGUGAUGUGACUUCGUCUCCUCGUCUCUAGAUACCCGAACAACGUGUCAUAACAAUAAAACCAGUGAUGUUCGACUUAUUAUAAGUUAUCGAUUUGACAGAAGCUGCAACAUGGAGGCGGGAGAAGGUGUCAGCGGGGCCACGCCCACAGAGGAGAUGAACGGAGCAGGGGGGAAUCUGAUGGACUUCCUGGACGAGCCGUUUCCCGACGUGGCCACGUACGAAGACUUCCACACCAUCGACUGGCUCCGGGAGAAAUCCAGAGACACGGACCGACACCGCAAGAUCACCAGUAAGAGUAAAGAGUCCAUGUGGGAGCUGAUCAAGAGUCUGCUGGACGCCUGGUCGGGCUGGGUGGUGAUGCUGCUCAUCGGGCUGCUCUCAGGUACGCUGGCCGGGGUCAUCGACCUGGCGGUGGACUGGAUGACGGACCUGAAGGAGGGCGUGUGCCUGACGGCGUUCUGGUACAGCCACGAGCAGUGCUGCUGGACGUCCAACGAGACCACGUUCGACGACCGCGACAAGUGUCCGCAGUGGCAGAAGUGGGCGGAGCUGAUGACCGGCCACGCCGAGGGGGCGGGAGCGUACCUGCUUAACUACUUCCUGUACGUCCUGUGGGCGCUCCUAUUCUCCUUCCUCGCCGUGUCGCUGGUGCGAGUCUUCGCUCCGUAUGCCUGCGGAUCAGGAAUCCCAGAGAUCAAGACAAUCCUCAGCGGCUUCAUCAUCCGUGGUUACCUGGGCAAGUGGACGCUGCUCAUCAAGACAGUGACGCUGGUGCUCGCUGUGUCGUCGGGCCUCAGCCUCGGGAAGGAGGGGCCUCUGGUGCACGUGGCCUGUUGCUGUGGCAACCUCUUCUGCAGCCUCUUCUCCAAGUACAGCAAGAACGAGGGCAAGCGGCGAGAGGUGCUGUCAGCCGCAGCAGCAGCCGGCGUGUCGGUGGCCUUCGGCGCUCCGAUCGGAGGAGUUCUGUUCAGCCUGGAGGAGGUCAGUUACUACUUCCCCCUGAAGACGCUGUGGCGUUCCUUCUUCGCCGCACUGGUCGCCGCCUUCACGCUGCGCUCAAUCAACCCGUUCGGGAACAGCCGCCUGGUUCUGUUCUACGUGGAGUACCACACGCCGUGGUACAUGGCCGAGCUGGUGCCCUUCAUCCUGUUGGGUGUGUUCGGUGGCCUGUGGGGGACGCUCUUCAUCCGGGCCAACAUCGCCUGGUGCCGGCGCCGGAAGACCACGCAGCUGGGGAAGUACCCGGUGCUGGAGGUCAUCGCCGUGACAGGCAUCACCGCCGUGCUGGCGUUCCCCAACCCGUACACACGCCGCAGCACCAGCGAGCUCAUCUCUGAGCUCUUCAACGACUGCGGUGCUCUGGAGUCGUCGCAGCUCUGCGACUACAUCAACAACCCCAACAUGAGUCGGCCCGUAGACGACAUCCCGGACCGGCCGGCCGGGCCCGGCGUCUACAACGCCCUGUGGCAGCUCGCCCUCGCCCUUGUCUUCAAGAUCGUCAUCACCAUCUUCACCUUCGGCAUGAAGAUCCCGUCCGGACUCUUCAUCCCCAGCAUGGCGGUCGGAGCAAUUGCCGGGCGGAUCGUCGGCAUCGCCGUGGAGCAGAUGGCGUACCACCACCACGACUGGAUCAUCUUCAAGAACUGGUGCCGCCCCGGCGCCGACUGCGUCACGCCAGGCCUGUACGCCAUGGUGGGCGCCGCCGCCUGUCUGGGCGGCGUGACCAGGAUGACCGUGUCCCUGGUCGUCAUCAUGUUCGAGCUCACCGGCGGUCUGGAGUACAUCGUCCCGCUCAUGGCCGCCGCCGUGACCAGCAAGUGGGUCGCCGACGCCUUCGGGAAGGAGGGGAUCUACGAGUCCCACAUCCAGCUGAACGGUUACCCGUACCUGGACAUCCGGGAUGAGUUCACCCACCGCACGCUCGCCACCGACGUGAUGCGGCCGCGCCGGAGCGAUCCGCCGCUUGCCGUCCUCACGCAGGACUCCACCACGGUGGAGGACGUGGAGACUCUCAUCAAAGACACGGACUACAACGGCUUCCCCGUGGUCGUGUCCCGCGAGUCAGAGCGGCUCAUCGGCUUCGUGCAGCGCCGGGAUCUCACGCUCGCCAUAAGAACCGCCCGUCAGAAGCAGGACGGCGUUGUCAGCAGCUCCGUGGUCUACUUCACCGAGGACUCGCCGCAGCUGCCGGCCAGCGACCCACAACCGCUGAAGCUGCGCCGCGUCCUCAACCUCAGCCCCUUCACCGUCACCGACCACACGCCCAUGGAGACGGUGGUCGACAUCUUCCGCAAGCUCGGACUGCGCCAGUGUCUGGUCACCAGGAGCGGGCGUCUCCUGGGCAUCAUCACCAAGAAGGAUGUCCUGCGUCACAUGGCCCAGAUGAUGAACCAGGACCCCGAGUCCAUCAUGUUCAAUUAGCUUCACUCCACAAGGCCCUGCCCGCAUCACUCACGAGGCCCCGCCCACCUCCUCACAAGGCAAGUCCCGCAGCAGCUCGCUCAAAUUCACUGCUCGCACAUUUCAAACCCUCAGAAGAAAAGAGACUAGAAAUUUACACUUCCUGUCCGUCUCACUUCCUGUCCCGUCCCGCCGCUGUCGUCUCUUUUAUUUCAUCUCGUUUGUUUUCGUGCUGCUCGUUGGAACAACCACAUUAAAGGGAAACGCUUAGACUGACGUCACGUGUGGGCGGAGCUUCACGGACGCCGCUCCGCUCACACACAGGUCGUCACUGGGAAUAUUAAAAUACUACGUUUGGAAGUUUGAAUAUUCAGGCGUCAAGUUUUCUGCCUGUGAACUUCCACACGUUUCCUGAUUAUUUCCAGGGUUUGAACAGGUUUAUAGAUUAUUGAUCAAUCAAGAUGUCAGCAUGAUGUCAUCGCAUCACAUUCACGAUUGCGAAUAUUUAACUGAAGGUUAGUGUGUUGUUGUCGGGCAGAAAACUCAGACAUGAAUAAUGUAGAGUCUGUGACGGAGCUGCUCAUGAUCAAUAUGCCGGGAGAUGAUGGAUUGUUAAAAUCUGUGAAGAGUGCAGAAUAUUGUAGGAAUGAAAAGGAACUCUUUACAAACACAUGAGUUUGUUUCUGGAUGAACACGGUUUUAUUUCUGGACUGUUGCACUUUGUUUUUUAUGUGUUGCUGCCAUAUUUAUAUUAAUGAUUCAAUUCAUGAUUUAUAUUAAUGAUUCAUAUUAUUCAGUUGAACUGUAAAACUCCUUGUGUCGUUUGUUUUUCACGUCUUCGAUCAUUUAAUCUGUGACGUUGAUGAUCCUGAUCGAGGCCCCGCCCCCGACACACCGAUCGAUCAGCUGUUUGUGAUUCAGUCAUCAUGAUCAGUUUAACUGUAGCAACACGCACCUGUGACCUCUGACCUCUGACCUCAUGUUGUAUGAACAUUUACAUGUUUUAAUCAGAUGAUAUUUUCAGUUGCAAGGCAGAAGUUUCCUCCGGUUGUGACAAAGUUUUUUCCAAAAGAUUCCCUCAAAAUCGACCGAUCAGAAAAAUAAUCAAUUGGAGAGAAAAAGUCCAGAUUAAUAAUCCUGCUGCUGGAUUAUAGAUUUAUGAUCACGAUAUAAUCACACAUCUGUAGAACGUUUUAUUAUUAUUGAUAAUAAUAAUAAUAAUGAUAUUUUCAGUCAAUUUCAUCUUUUGAAAAAAGAGUUAUGUGUUUUAUCUCAUAUUUACAAAAUCCUGAAAAAUCGUGUGAUUGUGCAGAUGGAUGGUGAUCAGAACAUCAGACGUGUUGAUCCUAUUCAUGUACUUUUUAUCAUGAUUAUUGAUCGAUAUCUGAAGGUUUUCACAUGGUUAUGAAUACUAAAUCUUCUCUCCAAUAACAACGGUUCACAACAAACUCUGAUCCAGUUUUCGUGUCGAUCAUCGCUUAUAUUUACUGACACGAAUAAACGCGACCGAAGGACCUCCGCCCGCUCCGUGACGUCACCGGCUUCUAUGACAUCACGGAGCGUGAAUAUUUGAGCGAAUGUAGCGAAUUUCGCGUCUCUGCAUUAAUCUCAAAGCGCUGAAAAUUCGUAUGGCGCUUGUUUGUGAACAAAGCAUCAAAGCUAAACUAAGGGAAACGCUCAGACGGCUGCUAACGAAGUUUCCUUAAGGAGAAAAAACGUUUCCUCCGCGACGCCUCACUUCUCGUCCCGUGUUUCUGUUGUCAUGGUGACGUGACGUGGAUUGCUCCGGCCUGCUUUGUCCCCAAUUAUCACCGUCUACAGAUCAAUGUUUAGUUUUGAACUGAAGAGAAUGUACCGGACUAAACUACGUGUGUGUGUGUGUGUAAAUAUAUUAAAGAUGAUUUGUGGUUAUUGUUAAUUUAAUUUCGUCUGAAACACUAACGUCUAUAAUAUUUAUCAGAAUUUGUGACUCUUCGUACGGGAAACAAACAUUUGCACUUAUUGUUUUUGUAAAGUGACGUGAUGAAAAAUAAAAAGCUGCCGGUUCUUCUGCACACACUC